GGUUAAACAAAAUCAAGACGAUUCCCUGAGCUUCUCCACAUUUACAUGCUCAGCGCAUCCUAAUCAACAGCUCUCGAAAACAGAAUGCAAAAAGCUACUAGGAUAACAUCAUCUGUAUUCUAAUUAUUCUUAUUGUAUUAGUACUAGCCUAAUACCACAAUGAAUUUGUAAUAUGCUAUUAUUAGGCUAUACAUGAUAACAGUUAGAACUAAUCUAAACUUUUGAGAAAGACUACGACCCGUUUCUUAUUGCGCCGAUUUAAAUUAAUCAAUAGCAUCUGUAUUGAUUGUCAGGGUGGUCGUUCACAACGUGCAGGCUUGAUAGCCCACAGACACACCUAUUCGGGGGUUGCUAUCAUCCACAGGCGUUCGGUCUGUUGCCUUCUGUUGUGGCUGUCAAUAUGACAGUUCAGUUCACAUGAUAUCCUAUGGACUCGUGUGACCGUUUUAAAAGUGUAAAGCUAUGCAUGGUGAAGGAAUGAGUUGACUCCUUAACAGAUCAUGCAACCGGGAUCAGAUAUGUUUCAUUCCUCGACUCAUCCUUUCUACCAGGCUCAUUGAUAACACUUGUCUCAUUUGUUAUCAAAUAAGAUCUGUUGCACAGCUGAGUUAUGAGGUGUGGACGCGCGGUUAGUAAUCUGAAUGGACUCAAGUGAGUAUAAUGUUAAAUUAGUACCAGAGGUGUGUAAAAAGGUGGGUAGACGCUCCUCCGAGUGUUUUUCAGCACCAAGGACAGUUACUCAUGCGCGCCGCAGCUGCGAGGCGCGAAAACUUCAUUCACUCUCAUCCCUUGUCCUUCCUUCCUCCAUCAUCAGUAUCCACGAAUUGUUUAUUCGGCACGAUAACACGAUAUUUAUUGAAAGUAUCACCAAGGAUAUGAAGUGCCUGACCUAAUCUGUGUAACCUGUCGGAUUUGGAAUCGUUCAGAAGAGAGAUUCAUUGGACAGUUACCGCUCGGUCUCUGGCUCCUGUCUCCUGUGCCACAUCUCACCACCCAACUACCUUACUCUGGAUUUUACUCACCACCACUACCUUGGAUUCCCCUCAGGACCUGUUUACCCUGAUUACCCUCAGGACCUGUUUACUCAGCCAACUCCAACUUCAGUCUCCACAUCUGUUUUUUUUUUGCAACUCACCCGAGCUUCCCCGGAUCUGCACUCCAUAGCUCCCUGUGUAACAAUAAAUAUUUUGGUUCAUUCAUCCCUGUUUCCUCAUCUGAGUCUGCUCUUGGAUUCCUCUGUGUCGCUCCGCUUAGUCUUGAGCAUUUGGCCAUAAAUUCUUAUCCACAUCAGUGAAUGUCCUCAUUGAUCAUGCACCUUAAGAAAAACCUUUUGGCAUGGCAAAUCCAAGCUUGACAUUGGUUUACAUUGAUUUCGUCAGAUGCCUCAUCCGUGGCCAGAAAGAGGGUGGCUUGCUCAUGGGGAUGGUGAUCGUACGCCUUCCACCUCCAUGCUGAAGAAAAAUCCUCAAUAGGAUUGAGGAAAGGAGAGUAUGGGGGCAGGUAUAUGGUCACAAAUCGGAGAUGGGCCCGAAACCAUGCCUGAACCACCUCUGCGUGGUGGAACCUGAGAUUGACCCACAUAAUGACAUAGGUGACCCCUUCACCUUGACAGGCCUACUAAAUUUAAUUGAGAAACACAAUGGGGUGUGCAGCAUUGUAGGAUCCAAGUAAUGGCCUACGUCCUGCCACACCAUCUUCAGAGAUUGCUGUGCACAUGGAGAUGUUUCCCCCACGUUAUCCAGGCACUUGGAUUGUCUCCCGAAGAGGUUUCGCCCAUGCCACCACGUUUUGGCCAGGUUGAAGCCCACUUCAUCAACAAAGAUAUACUUGUGAUGGUUCACAGCAUCAAGCACCAUCACCCUCUAAAAAAAUAUUUUACUUUUUAUUUUUACUGUAUAGUUACAAUAUGAUAUUGUGAAUCAAAUAGUAUCAGUAAUACUGUAUAUAAUGCUGUACCUGAACAUACUCGGCCCGCAGUUGUUUCAACCGGUCGUUUCCCUCAAAAGGCACCAGGCUGUAAUCUCCAGAACUUUGAAGACAAUGCCAUUGAUGCAGUAGAUAGCCUCAGACAGGACAAAAAAUCUAGCGCUUUGAGAUCUGGUGCCACCGUGCCACGCUUCUCUGUGCCUAGCUAGCGUACUGUACCCUCCCCAGCUCCAGAGACAGAGGAAACCAGAAGAAGAGAAGCACCAGACAGCAGUGAUCUGACUCACACAGGGCCCAGGGACAUGUCAUCGGGGAGGUCCCCUUGGUUGGGGCUGCGCCCCCUGCCCCGACCGCUCCACCUCUCCCACCUCUGCCUACUGUGUGUGUGUGUGUACCUCCUGGCCCAGGCCCCACUGGGUCUCUCCAUGGCAGGUUUCAACACGGACACCAAGAGAGAGAUCACAGUGGACGGAGACCUGAUCAUAGGGGGACUGUUCCCUGUGCACCAGAAGGGCGAGGGGCCUGAGGACUGUGGGAAGAUCAACGCUCAGAGAGGGAUUCAGAGACUGGAGGCCAUGUUGUUAGCCCUGGACGAGAUUAACAAGGACGAGCACCUGCUGCCGGGGAUACGGCUGGGAGCCCACAUCCUGGACACCUGCUCUAAGGACACUUACGCACUGGAACAGAGCCUGGAGUUUGUCCGUGCCUCCCUCACCAAGGUGGACGACAGUGAGUACACCUGCCCUGAUGGCUCCUACGCCAUCCAUGACGACGUCCCUCUGGCCAUCUCUGGGGUGAUAGGAGGCUCCUACAGCGACGUCUCCAUACAGGUGGCCAACCUCCUUCGUCUCUUCCAGAUCCCUCAGAUCAGCUACGCAUCCACCAGCGCCAAGCUCAGCGACAAGAGCCGCUAUGACUACUUUGCCCGCACGGUACCCCCUGACUUCUAUCAGGCCAAGGCCAUGGCAGAGAUCCUGCGCUUCUUCAACUGGACCUAUGUGUCAACCGUGGCAUCGGAGGGCGACUACGGCGAGACGGGCAUCGACGCCUUCCAGCAGGAGGCCCGCGCCCGCCAGAUCUGUAUCGCCACCUCAGCCAAGGUCAGCCGGUCGAUGAACCGCUACAGCUAUGACCAGGUGAUCCAUUCGCUGCGGCAGAAGUCCAAUGCCAAGGUGGUCAUUCUCUUCACACGCAGCGAGGACGCCCGGGAGCUGCUGGUGGCUGCCAACCGAUUGAACGCGUCCUUCACCUGGGUGGCCAGCGAUGGCUGGGGGGCGCAGGAGAUUGUGGUGAGGGGCAGCGAGGCUGUGGCGGACGGGGCCUUCACCAUCGAGCUGGCCUCCUACCCCAUCCCCCAGUUUGCUGAGUACUUCACUGGCCUGAAUCCCUACAACAACACACGUAACCCCUGGUUCAGGGAGUUCUGGGAGAAUAGAUUCCAAUGUAGCCUCCAUGACCUGGGCUGUGGGAAGCACUCUCUGCGGGACGGCCUGUUUGAGCAGGAGUCCAAGAUCAUGUUUGUGGUGAACGCUGUCUAUGCCAUGGCCCAUGCCCUGCACAACAUGAGGCAGUCGCUGUGCCCCAACUCCACCACCAAGAUCUGUGAUGCUCUGAAGCCAGGCAAUGGCAAGAGGUUCUACAGGGAGUAUAUCCUGAAGACCAAGUUUGACGCUCCAUUCCGUCCAGCAGACACAGAGAACAUGGUGAGGUUCGAUAUCUUUGGAGACAGCUUAGGCCGCUACAACAUUUUUCACUACCACAAAGAAGACGGACGCUACGUCUACCGUAAGGUGGGCUACUGGGCCCAGAAUCUGACCCUUAACACCAGCCAGAUCCCCUGGGAAGGCCCUGCCGCACCCACCUCCCAAUGCAGUGACCCCUGCAGGAAGAACGAGGUGAAGAGCAUGCAGCCUGGAGAUGUGUGCUGCUGGAUCUGCAUCCCCUGCCAGCCUUACCAGUACUUGAAGGAUGAGUUCACCUGCGCCGACUGCAAGUUUAGCGAAUGGCCCCUGGCCAACCUGACAGGCUGCUACAACCUGCCUGAGGAGUACAUCCGCUGGGAGGACGCCUGGGCUAUAGGCCCUGUUACCAUCUCCUGCCUGGGCAUGAUGUGUACACUCUUCAUCAUCGGCCUCUUCCUCAAGCACAACGACACCCCUGUGGUGAAGGCCAGCGGGCGGGAAGUGUCCUACAUCCUCCUGCUGGGUGUUCUGAUGUGCUACAGCAUGACCUUCAUCUAUAUCUCCAAGCCCUCCAUGGCUGUGUGUACCCUACGUCGACUAGGCCUGGGCACCUCCUUCGCUGUGUGCUACUCUGCGCUUCUCACCAAGACCAACCGCAUCGCACGCAUCUUCAGCGGGGUGAAGGACGGAGCCCAGCGGCCGAGGUUCAUCAGCCCUGCCUCCCAGGUGGCCAUCUGCGGGGGUCUGAUCUCCUGCCAGCUGGUGGUGGUGGUGGUCUGGCUCCUGGUAGAGGCCCCGGGGGUCAGGAAGGAAGUGAACCCCGAGAGGAGGGACAUAGUCACCCUCAAGUGCAAUAGCAAGGACUCCAGUAUGCUCAUGUCCCUCAGCUACAACUGCAUCCUCAUCAUCCUCUGCACUGUCUACGCCUUUAAGACCAGGAAGUGCCCCGAGAACUUCAACGAGGCCAAGUUCAUUGGGUUCACCAUGUACACCACCUGUAUCAUCUGGCUGGCCUUCCAGCCCAUCUUCUAUGUCACGGCCAGCGACUACAGGGUGCAGACCACCACCAUGUGUAUCUCUGUCAGUCUGAGUGGCUCGGUGGUGCUGGGCUGCCUCUUUGCCCCUAAGACCCACAUCAUCCUGUUCCAGCCCCAGAAGAACGUCACCUCUCUCAGGGUGGCCACUACCCGCUUCAGCGUCACCACCGGCCCCGGAUCCAGCUUCUCUCAAGCUUCAGCCUCCAAUAUUGUGCCAACGGUGUGUAACGGGCGAGAAGUGGUGGACUCCACGACUUCCUCCUUGUGAAGACUGACUGACUGAGCCUCACGUUCCUCUGCUGACAAACAUUGUAUACAGAGUUCUAUAACCACUAGUCCAGAAUCAGCUGUUUCAGAUAUUAAAGAGGUCACACAGAAGAUUGUCCUGAUUUUGUUGUUCUCUAAGUGCUGUGAGUACAAUGUCCCGAUUCUGUUUUCAUUCUAUGACUAGUAGCGAUUUUAAAAAGAGAUGCCAAUAAAGAUUCCGUAUCAUAGCCCUUCUUUUUAUUGAAGAUUUACUUGAGACAUGGAGUAAAUUAUGGUAAAUCUGUUAAAUGUAAUAUAUACAAGAUGUUUUUAAUGUAGAUUUUGGUGAACCGGUUUGUGCUUUCUUGUAAUUUAUGUAAAUAAAAUGUGUAUUUUAUUCAUAUGAAAACUA